CCCUUUUCCUUCUUCCUUCUUUCCUCACUCCCUCGCUCCCCUUGUUCUCUACUGAUAAGCUAAAACGAAAGGAAAAAAAAAAAAAAAAACAAGAAAAACCCUUCGAAGAUCACCAUGCCUUCUUCUUCAGUUACUCUUAUUUCCAAAUGUACGAUUUUCCCAGACCAAAAAUCCGACAUCAAAUCCUUAAAGCUCUCAGUUUCAGACAUCCCUAUGCUUUCCUGUCAGUACAUUCAGAAAGGAGUUUUGCUGACGUCUCCACCCUUUUCCUUCGACGACCUUGUGGUUUUCCUCAAACAAUCUCUUUCCACUACUCUCUCUUACUUCCCUCCUUUAGCCGGUCGUCUCACGACCGACCCUGACGGUCACUUGCACAUCACGUGCAACGACGCCGGCAUCCACUUUCUCGUAGUGAAAUCUCCUAAACUUUCCAUCCACGACAUUUUGUUCCCCGGCGAUGUCCCUGAUUGUGUCAAGGAGUUUUUCACUUUUGACAAGACAAUUAGUUACUCUGGCCAUUUCAAGCCGUUAGCUGCGGUUCAGGUAACCGAGUUAGUCGACGGGGUUUUUAUUGGGUGCACAGUGAACCACGCUGUGACCGAUGGGACUUCAUUUUGGCACUUUUUCAAUACCUUUGCUGAGAUUUCUAAAGGAGCAUCAAAAAUAUCGAAAUCUCCCCAUUUUUGUCGUAACACCGUGUUUAAUUCUCAAGCCGUGCUUAAAUUCCCACCUGGCGGACCCACCGUUACUUUCGCCGGCGACAAGCCUUUGAGGGAAAGGAUUUUCCAUUUCAGCAGAGAAGCAAUUCUAAAACUUAAAUAUAGAGCUAAUUACGGUUGUUUAUUAACUAAACAAAUGAAUUCCGAAGUUUUAGGGAAACUCUGUAAUGACAGUUGGAAAUCCGUUAACGGAGAAACUAACGGUACGCUGAGAAACAGUAAUGAUGAGAUUUCGUCUUUCCAAUCGCUUUGUGCUCAGCUUUGGAGGUCGGUGACUCGAGCCAGGAAAUUGGAGCCAACCAAAAUUACGACGUUUAGGAUGGCGGUGAAUUGCCGGCACAGGUUGGACCCAAAGCUUGAGCAGUACUAUUUCGGAAACGCGAUUCAGAGUAUUCCGACUUUUGUUCCAGUCGGUGAGUUGCUGGCCAAGGACUUGAGCUGGGGCGCCGAUCUGCUUCACAAAAACGUGGUGGCGCACGAAGAUGAUACGGUACGGAGAGGUGUAGCGGAUUGGGAAAAGCAGCCGAGGUUGUUUCCGUUGGGGAACUUUGACGGUGCAUCACUCACCAUGGGAAGUUCUCCUAGAUUUCCAAUGUACAAUAAUGAUUUUGGGUGGGGCCGACCUUUGGCGGUGAGGAGUGGUAGGGCCAAUAAAUUUGAUGGGAAGAUCUCAGCCUUUCCUGGGCGAGAAGGGAAUGGGAGCGUUGACUUGGAGAUUGUUUUGGCGCCAGAUACCAUGGCGGGGCUUGAAUGCGACGGCGAGAUUAUGCAGUAUGUAUCAGAAAUCGUGUGAGUGGUACACUGUAGUGAAACCUCUUUUUUAUGUGGGGGGAACCCAGGUGGCGAUUUAGGAUUGGCGAUUACUUGUUAAACCAUGAUCCAAAUCUUGGGGUUGAGAAACCGUGAUCUUUGGACGGUUGUGAUUUCAUUUGUGUAAAUCAUAAGAGCUAAAGAGGCAACGUUAUGGCUACUUUUACCACAAAGUUCGCAUGUUGGGUUAUGUACGUGAAAGCUUCAUAUUCCACGUGACGAAAUCAAAGCAAACUUUUUUUUUUUUUUUACUAUUUUUCUUUUCCUUUCCGAUAUAAAGGCAUGUGUGAAUUUUCUAAUCAUAAUUAAGUUUGCCCAACAAAUAAUUUAGGAAAUAGAAAAAGAGAGAAAAAAUGGUUCGACUGUUUAAAAUGAAGUAUCCCACUUCUUUAAAGAAAUGUUUUUAAUCUUCACUCAAUUUGUCAACAAUCUAAUCAAGUGUCAUAUACAAAUCAAAUGGAGUUAUUGGAUCGAGUAGUUGAGAAAGACUAGAGUGAAAAAAAAAUUGUAAUUAGAUUUCAGAAAUCAUAGAAAUUUUUUAAUAAAAUACUGAACUUCAACUAUGGAAUAAAAGUCGAACAGGUAUGCUUUAGCGUUUAGUGCUCUGCCAUGAUUAAUUAUUAAUUAAUGAUACUAUAGACUUGAUCACUUUGCAACUGGCAGUCUCAGCAACAGCAACUUUCAAUGGUGAACUUUCAAAUUGAAAUGGAAUGAUUCAGCUGUUUCGGUUAUCUUCCAAACCACGUGUAAACAACAAAGGAAGAAAAAUGUUGAAGGGCAGGUUAUCUUCCAAACCCUAGGUAAACAAGAUAUUGUGAAAGGCCUUCCAACUUCCAACUCUCAAGGUUAUGUCUACUUGCACUUUAUAACUUGCUUGAAGUUGAAAGUAUGUUUUGCAGGGAAACCAAAAUAAAGAGAUUCAUGGAAAAUUUUAGUUUGUUAAUGGAAGUUCACAUAAAACCUUCAUACAAUACAAUGACCAUACUAUUUUAACCCCCAAGAUUUUCAAAACCAAUGGCGUUCAUACCACUGUAAACUUCCAUUCCAAUCAUUUCAAGUCCAAAAUAUACAACAAAUAAACAUACUUCCAAAAAAAAAAAAAAAAUCAUGCAUACCG